AUGCACGCAGAACACUGCUUUUUAGCUCUCCUUGUGCCCCCAGUAUCUACACAAAUUAGUCAAUUGUUACCACUGUCUCGAUCACAUUUGAACUACAAAUAUAAAUAUACGUCUAAAAAUAUAAAAAUGUCUUCUAUUACAAGAACUCUUAAAAACUUAAAGAAAAUUGGUUUAUCAGCGUUUGGACAUCAGAUGCAAACAAUAGGCGAUACAAAGUAUGGAAAAGUUGUAGGAGUUGAUAGCUAUGGAAAUACGUAUUAUGAAAAUAUGGAAGAAGCACCAAACCGUACAAGAUGGGUAGACUAUAAGUCAUCACAGUAUGAUGCUUCACAGGUUGAGCCUGAGUGGCAUGCAUGGAUGAGACAUAUGGUUGAUGAAGUUCCCUCUAAGAAAACGAGAUCAGAUGGUUCCUCAGAAAAUAUAGAUGCUCCUUCAUGGAAGAAGCCAUUUCAGCCGAAUCUGACAUUUUCUCGAGGGGCAUAUAAACCUUAUAAUACUGUUUCUCCAUCUUAUAGUGCAUGGGUAUCAAAUACAAAACGUAAAUAA